AUGCCUCCCAAAGCCCGAAAACGCGGCCCCCCACCACCCACUACAACCGCCCCGAAACGCGCGCGACAAUCCAAGCUCGCCAAGGAGAACGACAUCACCGCCGCCGAAGAAAGCGAGAUCAAAGAAGUUUUCCACCUGUUUGUUGUCGACGACGAAGUCGACGAGUUUCCCGACGAGAAGGAAGGGGUGAUCCCGGUGGCAGAUGUCAAGAAAGCACUUUCAGCACUAGGCCUCCCCCCCACCACCACUGAACUCCCGCCCAUCCUCUCCGCCCUCGACCCCACCGACACCGGCUACGUCCCCUACGAACCAUUUCUGACCGUCGCCGCCGCGAAGCUCCGCUCCCGGUCCGACGAGGCCAUGGCCGCCGAGGUCGAUGCGGCGUUCCGGCUCUUCACGCGCGGGAGCGGCGCAGGUGCAGGCCCAGGCCCAGGCCCAGGCCCGGCAUCCGGUAGCAUCAUCACCCUGCACCAUCUGCGGCGGAUCGCGCGCGAGCUCAAGGAGGACGGGAACCUGGAUGAUCAGUUGCUGCGGGAUAUGAUCCUCGAGGCGAACGGGGGCGCCGGGGUGGCGGCGGGGGUGACCUUGGGCCAGUUUCGGGAGGUGAUGCAGCGCGCGGGGGUCUUUUGA